AUGAAGGUUCUCGUGACAGGUGGUUCUGGCUUCAUUGCCUCUCAUUGCUUAAAGGCUCUGCUCGUUAGCAACCAUACUGUGGUUACCACAGUUCGGAGUGCCGAAAAGGGGGAAAGGAUUCUCAGGGUUUAUCCGGAAUCCACCAAGGGCCAGCUUUCCUACGUGGUUGUUCCCGACAUUGCCCAAGAAGGCGCUUUUGACCAAGCCGUCAUUUCGGACCCCCCAUUUGAUGCUGUUAUUCACACAGCAAGUCCCCUCCAUUUCCGAUUCAAAUAUCCAAAGGAGCUGCUCGACCCCGCUAUCCAUGGAACGAAGGGAAUUUUACGCGCAAUCAAAGACAAGGCCCCUUCAGUAAAGCGAGUCGUCAUUACUUCAUCCUUUGCUGCUAUUAUUUGCCCAGACGAGCACCCUGACGUGUAUAGCGAGAGCCAGUGGAACCCAGUUACCUACGAGGAAGGUAUUGAAGAUCGUGGCAAAACCUACCGUGCGAGUAAAACUCUCGCUGAGCGAGCUGCAUGGUCCUUCAUGGAAGACGAGAAGCCCGGAUUUUCGCUUGCAACGAUAUGCCCUCCCUGUGUAUUUGGACCUCCGAUUCAUCCUCCAGAAUCUAGAGAGACACUCAAUACAUCGAACGCUUAUUUCGCGAUGCUGAUGCAUGGAGGGUGGAAGGAAAAGCUGCCUCCGACCGGCAUCUGGCUCUGGGUUGAUGUACGAGACGUCGCCCUUGCUCACGUCAGGGCUAUGGAAGUUCCCGAUGCAGGUGAAAAGCGGUUCUUUAUAACUGCUGGCCAUUUUGAUAUGAAGGAAGUUGCGGAUAUUGCCAAGAAGAUGUUCCCUCAGUAUGCCGACAAACUUCCGAUCGAGCUGAUAUCGGACAAACCCAACCCCCUUUAUGGCUUCGACAACAACUCCUCGAAGGAGAUUCUUCAGCUAGAAUAUCUAUCAUUGGAAAAGUCCGUUGUGGAUACGAUCGAUUUCCUCCAGAGCCAUCCAGUUUGA